AUGAUGCGCUGCCUUUCGAUCCUCGCCAGCUUCGCCACGGUCGUCGCCGCGGGCCCCGGCUGCUGGCGCAACUCGACGUGUUCGCACCCGACCGAGCCCUCGUUCCCCGGCAUCUGGGAGAAGAACAUCUACGCGCCUGCCUCGCGCACCGCACGCCCUGCCUCCAUCCUCUCGCUGGCCGACGCGUCCGUCCUCUCUUCGUUUCCCGGGGAUGACGCGACCCGCACACUGAAGGGCAACGGCUCGGCCCUCGUCUUCGACUUUGGCGUCCUCGUCGGCGGUCUCACGUCCGUCUCGUACACGGCCAACACGGGCGCGCCGGCGACGCUCGGUCUCGCCUGGACCGAGGCCAAGAACUGGAUCGGCGAGUACUCCGACUCGUCCAACGGCAAUUACCGCGGGCCCGGCCAGGCCCUCAUCAGCGAGGACGGCGCUCUCUACGCGCCAGUGCGCCAAGCCGCCGGAAGCAGCGGCAACUAUACGGUUCCGUUUGCGCAGCUGCGCGGCGGCUUCCGCUACCUGACGGUCUACCUCCUGACCAACGACACGGCAGCGAGCGUGACGCUCGAUGAUGUCUCGCUGGAGAUUGUCUUCCAGCCUACGUGGUCGAACCUGCGCGCCUACCAGGGCUACUUCCACUCGCCCGACGAGGAGCUCAACCGCAUAUGGUACGCCGGCGCCUAUACGCUGCAGACCAACGCCGCGCCGCCCGAGACGGGCCGCGUCGUAACGGAGGAUAUAUGGAACGGCGGCUGGAAGAACGAUGCCUGGCUCGGUGUCGGCGAGUCUCUGCUCCUCGACGGCGCCAAGCGCGACCGCUGGAUCUGGCCCGGCGACAUGGGCGUCGCGGUGCCCGCGGCCUUUGUCAGCACGGGCGAUCUCGAGAGCGCCCGCAACGCCAUCGAGACCAUGUUUGAGUUCCAGGAGCCGAGCGGCAUCUUCCCGCGCGCCGGUCCGCCGUACCUCGACGCCACGAGCGACACGUAUCACAUGUGGACCAUGAUCGGCGCGUACAACUAUGUCCUCUAUUCGGGCGAUCUCGACUGGCUCAACGCCCACUGGGCCACCUACCGCAAAGCCAUGGACUACAUCUACGGCAAGGUCCUGCCGGCGCCGUCGGGCCUGCUCAACGCCUCAGCGACUGGCGACUGGGCGCGAUACAUCAACUCGAUGAACGGCAGCGCGCCCAACAUGCUCCUCUACCGCACCCUGCAGACGGGCGCCUGGCUCGCCGAGCUGGCACCAGAGGAUUCGUCAAAUACGAUCAACCUCACCGAGACUUGGCUCGCGCAAGCCGUCGAGCUCAAGUCUGCCAUCAUGACCCACCUCUGGGACGACAAGAAGGGCGCCUUCAUCGACGGCUGGAAGAACCGCACACUGUAUCCUCAGGACGCCAACAGCUACGCCCUGGCCUUUGGCGUGCUGGACCCGGCCUCGGACGAAGCCGCCGCUGUGUCGACUGCGCUGACGCAGAACUGGACACCCAUCGGCCCUGCUUCCCCUGAGCUUCCGGGGAACAUCUCACCCUUCAUCAGCUCCAUCGAGCUCGAGGCGCACUUUGCCGUGGGUCGCGCUGAUCGUGCCCUGCAGCUGAUCCACGAUUCGUGGGGAUGGUACAUCAACCACCCCAACGGUACCGAGUCCACAGUCAUCGAGGGGUACCUGGUGGAUGGGUCCUUCGGCUACCGGUCGACGCGCGGUUACACCAACGAUCCCAGCUAUGUGAGUCACGCACACGGAUGGAGCGCCGGGCCGACUCAUGCUCUGACGGAGUCCCUCGUCGGUCUCAAGGUGACGGGGCUGGCAGGCGCAACGUGGACGCUGAAGCCUGUCUUCAACCAGCUGCCCUCGGCGCAGGCCGGCUUCACGACGAAUCUGGGCAAGUUUAGCGCUAAAUGGGAGGUCAGCAACGGGGUGGCCACUGUUGAGUGGGAGACGCCGACGGGUACCAAGGGCUGGCUAGAUCUCGGACGUGAGAAGAAGUGGGUGGAGGGCGGAGCGGGUAAGACAGUGGUCAAAGUAGGCGGUGGACAUUGUGUCCCAAGGCCGAAGCCGCAAUGA